AUGGAGGAACAUGGCCCAGCCGCAAGACCCUUUCGAAAGGAGCGACUAGAAGCAGGAGGGGAAACUUCUCAUGCUACCCAAGUUGGAACCAUCGGGGAGUUUCUGUCUUGGGCAAAUCAACACCAGAUUAAGCAGGAGCCAGAAGAGGGGCCGGAGUACCGCUGGGUGUGGCAGAAUUUUGUGAAGGCGGCGCAGGCCCCUCGCUCAAGGCGGAAAAAAACGCCUCAGCCUCAGUCAGGGAAAGGGCUGAGGGAACUUCCGGCCUCCUUCAAGGCAGCCGACACCAGCCAGGGGCUCAGGAAACAGGGCAUGACCCAAACCCUGCCAUGUCUCGGUGGGAAAGCUUGUGAUCAGCUCAUUUCCUCCGUAAAAGUGAAGGAAGAGACGGUGGAUGAGGAGGAGCCCAUCAGCUUGGAGACGGAGCGCCAGCGGUUCCGGCGGUUCUGCUACCAGGAGGCCGAGGGCCCUCGAGAGGUCUUCAUCCAGCUCCAGCAACUUUGUUAUCAGUGGCUGAAGCCGGAGAAGCACACCAAGGAGCAGAUCCUGGAGCUGCUGGUGCUGGAGCAGUUCCUCAUUAUCCUGCCCCCGGAAAUGCAGAGCUGGGUCAAGGAGUGCAUGCCGGAGAGCUGUGCCCAUGCGGUGGCCCUGGCAGAGGACUUCUUGCAGCGGCCACAGGAGGCGGAAGGCCUGGAAGACAAGAUGUCAUGGCCUUUGGAAGACUUGGCUGUUAGUUCCCCAAAGUCGAAGCAAGAUCCAUCAGAGACGGUGAAAGUGCAGCUGUCUGCAGAGGCCGAGGAAGAGAGUGGCGGAGACACCAACUUUCUGGGCAACGGCCAAGUGUACGAAAACAAGGAGGAGAGCUUCCCUUUCGAAAGACACCCACAAGUAGGCGUCAGUGGACUGUCCUUGGCAAGAUUCAAUGGGAAUUUUUUCCAGGUCUGUGAGCUGGAAGAGAUGCCUGGAAGUCAGCAGAGGCAACAGAACUGCCAGGAAAACCAGACAGCCAAGCAAGCUUUCCUUAGCGGUGAAAGUGACCGAGCCUUACCAGGGGGUACCUUUCAGGAGGGGAGCCGAAAAGCAAAGAGGAAACGGGCCGGCCCCAAUUGGGAAGCAGUGUUACGACGGAGCUUUGACUUUCCAAGGAAUCAGAAAAUGCCAAAGUUGUAUACAUGCACGUAUUGUGGAAAAAUCUCUAACAACAGUGCGCACAUGAUAAUACAUGAGAGGACACAUACCGGUGAGAAACCAUAUAAAUGUUCAGAGUGUGGGAAGUGCUUCAGUACAAACUGUAACCUCAUGAAGCACACGAGAGUCCACACAGGCGAGAAGCCAUAUAAAUGCUUGGACUGUGGGAGGAGUUUCAGUGACAAAGCCUCCCUUAUCGUACACGAAAGAACCCAUACGGGAGAGAAACCUUAUGAGUGCCCAGAGUGCGGGAAAAGCUUCACCUCAAGCUCCAACCUCAUAACACACAAACGGGUCCACACGGGUGAGAAACCUUACAAAUGCAAUGAGUGCGGGCAAAGCUUUGUGCACAGGCCACAGCUUGUCAUACAUAUCCGGACGCACACGGGGGAGAAGCCGUAUGAAUGCCUAGAGUGUGGCAAAAGCUUCAAUCAGAAAGCCGAUCUCAUUAUCCAUGUGAGGACCCAUACGGGAGAAAAGCCGUACGAAUGUGCCGAGUGUGGAAAGAGCUUCAUUUCUAGCUCGUACCUUAGGAAACAUGAACGGCUGCACACGGGGAAGAAAACUCAAGCCGGGGAAGAAACCCACACAUGUACAUACUGCCGGAAAAGCUUCAUCAGCCGAUCCAAACUUCUCAUCCACGAGCGAACGCACACAGGAGAGAAGCCGUUUGAGUGUGGCGAGUGCAGGAAAAGCUUCAGCACGAGUUCAAACCUUGUCAAUCACAAAAGGGUACACACGGGAGAGAAACCCUACCAGUGUUUAGAUUGUGGGCAGAAGUUCAGUACUAACUCGAACCUCGUCAAUCAUAGGAGGGUGCACACAGGAGAGAAACCAUACGAAUGCUCAGAUUGUGGGCAGAGCUUUGGUCAUAAAGCAUCUCUUAGGAGGCACAAGAGAAUCCACUCAAGAGAGACAGCCACUUGAG